GCGGCGAUGGCGUCCUACGACUACAGCCUGAUCGUGGGCCCCCUGCAAGAACCAGCCAGCCCCAGGACGCCGAGCCUCGACUCCGCCGGCUGUGCGCCUUUCCACACCGGGCACCGGACCGCGGCGCAGCGCUACAACGCCCGGCUCUGUCAGGCCGGUCUGGAACCCGAGAGCAUGGCCGAUUACCUGAUCAGCGGCGGCACCGGCUACGUCCCCGAGGAUGGGCUGACGGCGCAGCAGCUCUUCGCCGUGGCGGACGGGCUCACCUACAAUGACUUCCUCAUCCUUCCCGGCUUCAUCGACUUCACGGCAGACGAAGUGGACCUGACCUCCGCCCUGACCCGGAAGAUCACCCUGAAGACCCCCCUCAUCUCCUCCCCCAUGGACACCGUCACCGAGUCAGAUAUGGCCAUUGCCAUGGCGCUGAUGGGGGGCAUUGGGAUCAUCCACCACAACUGCACCCCGGAGUUCCAGGCCAACGAAGUGCGCAAAGUCAAGAAGUUUGAGCAAGGCUUCAUCACCGACCCGGUGGUCCUGAGCCCCAACCACACUGUGGGGGACGUCUUCGAGGCCAAGAUCCGGCACGGCUUCUCGGGCAUCCCCAUCACGGAGACGGGCAAGAUGGAGAGCCAGCUGGUGGGGAUGGUGACCUCCAGGGACAUCGACUUCCUGUCCGAGAAGGACUACAACACCCCUCUCAAUGAGGUCAUGACCAGGCGCAGUGAGCUGGUGGUGGCCCCGGCAGGCGUCACCCUGAAGGAGGCCAACGAGAUCCUGCAGCGGAGCAAGAAAGGCAAGCUGCCCAUCGUGAACGAGGUGGAUGAGCUGGUGGCCAUCAUCGCCCGCACAGACCUGAAGAAGAACCGCGACUAUCCCUUGGCCUCCAAGGACUCCCGCAAGCAGCUGCUGUGCGGGGCAGCCAUCGGCACCCGGGAGGACGACAAGUACCGGCUGGACCUGCUGGUGCAGGCCGGGGUGGACGUGGUGGUGCUGGACUCCUCUCAGGGAAACUCCGUCUACCAGAUCGACAUGGUUCACUACAUCAAGCACAAAGCCCCGGAGCUGCAGGUCGUGGGGGGCAAUGUGGUGACAGCUGCCCAGGCCAAGAACCUGAUCGACGCUGGCGUGGACGCCCUGCGUGUGGGCAUGGGCUGCGGCUCCAUCUGCAUCACACAGGAAGUGAUGGCGUGCGGCCGGCCUCAGGGCACCGCAGUCUACAAAGUGGCAGAAUAUGCCCGCCGGUUUGGGGUGCCUGUGAUUGCGGAUGGCGGGAUCCAGACGGUGGGCCACGUGGUCAAGGCCCUCUCGCUGGGGGCCUCCACAGUCAUGAUGGGCUCCUUGCUGGCGGCCACCACAGAGGCCCCCGGGGAGUAUUUCUUCUCCGACGGAGUGCGGCUGAAGAAGUAUCGGGGGAUGGGCUCCCUGGACGCCAUGGAGAAGAACCGCAGCAGCCAGAAACGCUACUUCAGCGAGGGGGACAAGGUGAAGGUGGCACAGGGGGUUUCCGGCUCCAUCCAGGACAAGGGCUCCAUCCACAAGUUUGUGCCAUACCUGAUUGCUGGUAUCCAGCACGGCUGCCAGGACAUUGGCGCCAGAAGCCUCUCCGUUCUGCGCUCCAUGAUGUAUUCAGGGGAACUGAAGUUUGAGAAGAGGACGAUGUCAGCCCAGAUUGAGGGGGGGGUCCAUGGCCUCCACUCUUACGAGAAGCGGCUGUACUGAGGACAACUUCCAGAGCAGUGGCCAGUGACCGCUCCGGCCCCCUUGCCAGGGGCCGCUGCUGAAGCCCACCAGUGUGCCCACCUCUUCUCUCGCCCCUGGAUUGGCUGCGGCCCAAGACUUGUGCUCCGGGCUGCCCUGCUGGCGGCACAUCAGGCCUCUCGCCCGGUGCUGUGGCUGACUCCACUUGGUGGGCAGAAUUGGGGGUGGGUGGGAUGAAUGCCCCUCUUGGGCUUUCCCCCAGCGCCUGGCCUCCAGCCUGCAGGUGGGCCCUUGGCCGGUCUCCCCCUCCUGGGCCCAGCGCCUCUCCCGGCAGGUGCAGCUGGAGCCAGCCUCCAGGGCCUCGGGGCUGGCCCUUGGAUGGCAGCUGAGGGGGAGUUGCUGCCCUCCUGCUGGCGUGGGGAGGGAGGGGGUGGGCCCAGGUGGACAGAGCUGCAAGGGACCAAAUCCAGCUGCAACGGUGUGGGUGGGGGCAGCCUCUGUCCAAGCCCUUCUGCCCAGCCCCUGGCCCUCUAGGGCUGGCUCUCCGGCCCCCACUGCAGCCGCCUCCGUGCUUCUCUGGGGAAGAGGAUCCGGGGCUGUAAAGGGGGGCAGCCCUCCCCCCACCCCAACCCGGGAUUCCCUCCCAAUGCUGUAAUGUUCAUGCAUGCCAGGCCCCACAGUCACCUCCUGUAUUAUUCCUAAAUAAAAGCAGCGGAGUGUCA